GUUGUCGCCUCUCGAGGGUUCUUCGUCUUCUUCUCUCUAGGGUUUCUGCGAGAUCCAGGUUUUAAAUUGGAUUCUGGCGGAGCGGAUUUAUGGGUUUGGAGCCGCAUUUUGGUCCCAUUUGUGAGAAAUUUGCUCCAACGAGCAUAAUGUUUUCAUUUUUUUGCUCUUUUUAAUUCAGACUGGGGGACGAUAUUGAUUUGGAGUUUUUCAGCGGCAAAUUAGGGGGAAAUUUCUUAGGGUUUUUGAUUUCGCGUUGAUUGGGAAUCGGUGGAGUUAUCUCGCUCUUGGCGUUGAUUCAUAUUUAUUCUUUAUUUACAUUGUUAGGGUUAUACAAUAGGUUUUAUUCACAUUGGUAUGAAUUUGAGGUUGGUUUUGCCCCUCAGAGUUACGGUGACCGAGUGUAUGGUCGACAGUUUAAAGUUUUGAAAGAGGGAGGAAUCGCAAGUGCUUUGGCCAUCAUUCUAGUUUUAACCCCAUUUAUGAGCUGGAAGGAGCCUGAAUAAUUGGAUAGCUGUAAUCUUUGGAAUUGAUAUAUUUAUUUAUUUUUGCAAUAAAGCUACAUAUUUCCAGAGAAAUAUUUGUGUCUCUCAGUUUUGAGAAGGCAGAUUAGAGGAAAUAAAACUCACUGGAAGAGUUGAUAUGUACAGUUAUUGGAAGUUAAUGUUAUGGCACCAGCUGUUCCCAUAGAGUUCACAAGGCAAAAAGAGUCCAGAAAGUGUCAGUUUUCACAAAAAAUGGGGAAAUCUCGGAAGUACUCUAAGGGGCAUUCUUCUGGUUUUGUUCCAGAUUACCGGCGUGCAGCUGAGACCAUGGGUGAAUCUGAGGGGCUUGGGAGCUCUGGACGGGUUGAUACAGAGAUGACGGCAUCAGAGGAUUCAUCUGCUCCCAAAAGGAAAUGCAUUAGUUUGAAUGCUGAAAGCUGUGAUGGUUAUGGUGUUCCAGUUCAAGUAUUGUCUUUCUCAAAGAUGUCGCAUAUUGAGAGGAAGAAUUUGGAAAUGAGAUUGAAGAUGGAGCUUGAACAAGUUCGGUUGCUACAGAAUAAAAUUGCUUCUCUUAGUUCAAAUGUUGUUUUGUCACCCUCUAGUGACAUACGCAGUUGCAAUGAUGGACAGAAGAGGAUCCCAAUAGAGAGUUUCCACAGGUCUUCUGAAAUAGUGGGUUCACAAGGAAAGAAACGGCUGCCUCCAGGGCGUAAUAGUGCCCGCACAAAAAAGAAUAUAUCUGGGCGUUUUGAACCUGUGAAGCCAGCUGUGCCAGCAAAUACUUCAAAUGCUGUGUUGAUGAAGCAAUGUGAGACUUUGCUCAAUCGAUUGAUGCAACAUCAGUGUGGUUGGGUUUUCAACACUCCUGUUGAUGUGGUAAAAUUGAAUAUUCCAGAUUAUGUCACAGUCAUAAAGCAUCCUAUGGAUUUGGGCACAAUUAAGAACAAGAUAGUUUCAGGUCAGUAUUCAAGUCCAUUGGGAUUUGCUGCUGAUGUCCGGCUUACUUUCUCCAAUGCAACGACUUACAACCCACCUGGAAACAAUGUUCAUGUUAUGGCGCAGACACUCAGUAAAUUUUUUGAAGUCAGAUGGAAAUCUAUAGAAAAGAAGCUUCCAGUAAACAUUGAUACCAUAACAGUGCCUUCAAGAGCCAGUGUAUAUAUAGAAAAUGAAACUGAUAUCAAUUUUUUAUCCUCCAAGAUGAAAAAAAUAAACCCAAAUGACACUAAGAUCAAGUCGGAGCCUGUUAAGCAGAUCAUGACUGAUCAGGAGAAGCAUAAUUUGAGCACAGAGUUGGAGGCUUUGACAGAAUUCCCUGAAAAUAUAGUUGAUUUUCUCAAAGAGCACAGUUUUAGUGAAGGGUUGACUGAUGGGGAAGAAAUUGAGAUUGAUAUUUAUGCUCUCAAUGAUGAAACACUGUUCAAAUUACGAGAACUUUUAGAUGAUUUUUUGCUAGAAAAAAAAAAGGCAAAAGCUGAACCUUGUGAAAUGGAGCUUCUUAAUGAAUCAGGGUUUAGCAACUCAUCUAUUCCACCUUGUAAAGGAAAUGACCAAGGUGAUGAGGAUAUAGAUAUUGUUGGAGGAAAUGAUUGUCCCAUUUCAAGCUAUCCUCCAGUUGAGAUAGAGAAGGAUGCAGCCAAUAGGAACAACAAAGGCAUCAGUUCAAGUAGCUCGAGUAGCGAAUCAGGCUCUUCAAGGAGUGAUUCAGAUUCUGGCAGUUCAUCCAGCAGUGAAUCUGAUGCUGCUAAAGCUUCAGCUACUGAUAAUUUGAUUCCGGGAGAAAAUUUGGACCAGAAAAAGGGUGAUGCUGGUGUUCUUGAUAUUAGAAACCAAUCUUUAAACAAGUUGAAUCAAGUUGAGCUGAAUUCCCAGGGUCAGCCAAUUGCUGGAGCAGAUGGCAAUCAAGAGGUAGGGGAGAGUGCUCCAUCUGGGAGGCAAGUCUCCCCAGAAAAGCGUUAUCGUGCAGCUUUAUUAAGGAACCGUUUUGCUGAAACUAUAUUUAAAGCUCGGAAAAAGGCACUUGAAAAGGGUGAGAAGCAAGAUCCUGAGAAACUACGGAUUGAGAAGGAAGAACUAGAAAGGCGGCAUAGAGAAGAUUUAGCUCGAAUUCAAGCAGAGGCCAAAGCUGCUGAAGAGGCCAAGAGAAAGGCUGAAGCAGAAGAGGUCAGAAGGAAAAUUGAACAGGAGAGAGAAGCUCAACGGCAGGCAUUACUAAAGAUGGAAAAGACAGUGGAUAUCAAUGAGAAUAGUCAAUUUAUGGAAGAUCUAGAAAUGCUCAGGGCCACCAAUGAUGAACAUUUGCCCAGUUUCAAUGAGGAAACCAGCCCAGAUCAUUCUCAAAACGGGUUGGGUAGCUUCAAACUGCAAGGGAAUCCCCUGGAACAGCUAGGGUUAUACAUGAAGGUUGAUGAGGAAGAAGAGGAUGAUGAUAAUGGGGAUGCUGAACCACCCCUUAGCUUUCCAGAGCCUGCAAAUGAUAGAGAGUUAGGAGAAAUUGAUUGACGAGUUUUUUCUCUGUUCUUUUUGGGCUACAGCGUGUCGGGGAAAGAGACGACUAUAACAUGACCAUAAAGAAUUCUGGGUUGAACAUUGGACCCGCUGUUGGAGUUUGAAGGGAGAUAGGUGUCAGUAUUUGCUUUCUUUUUCUCCUCUUCUUUUAUGUAUAAAGGAAAUUUGUGUUG